GAUAGAUUCCUCGCUCUCAGCUCUCAGCUCUCAGCUCUCAGCAGCAAGCCAAGCCAGCUCAGCUCGUUAUAUUGCUGCUGGGGGCAGCUAGCGUCAUUGCAGAAAAGCAAAAGGAAGGGUGGGUAGCUCUCACUCGCCUGCGAGGUUAAGGUAGCGGAGGAAGAUCAGUUUGGGACCUUGGGUGGCCUGCCCUUGUGUGCUCGAUCCUUGGGCUGUGGAAACCGCAGGAGGAAGCGAGAUAUGGGGAGGGGAAGGGUCGAGCUGAAGCGGAUCGAGAACAAGAUCAACUGCCAGGUGACCUUCUCCAAGCGCCGCAACGGCCUCCUCAAGAAGGCCUACGAGCUCUCCGUGCUCUGCGACGCCGAGGUGGCGCUCAUCGUCUUCUCCAGCCGCGGCAAGCUCUACGAGUUCGGCAGCGCAGGAGUAAACAAGACACUGGAAAAGUAUCAUAAUUGUUGUUACAAUGCUCAGGGUUCCAACAAUGAUUUUGGUGGUGAACCUCAGAGUUGGUACCAAGAAAUGUCAAGACUCAAGGCUAAGCUUGAAUCCCUCCAACGAUCUCAAAGGCACAUGCUUGGUGAGGACCUUGGGCCACUGAGCAUAAAGGAGCUGAAGCAAUUGGAAAAACAGCUUGAAUAUGCACUAUCACAGGCUCGACAGCGGAAGGUUCAUCAUACUCAAAUGAUGAUGGAACAGGUGGAUGAGCUUCGCCGAAAGGAGCGCCAACUUGGCGAGCUUAACAAGCAACUGAAAAACAAGCUUGAAGCAGAAGGUUGCAGCCACUACAGGGCCGUGGCCGUCGUCCAAACCUCCUGGGCAACUGACGCUGCCGUGGGUUCCGACGGCGGUGCACUCCCCGCCCCAAAUGCUCAACCGCCACCAGCUGCUAUGGACUGUGAGCCCACUCUGCAAAUCGGGUAUCACCAGUUCGUUGCCCCUGAGGCAGAAACCAUGCCAAGAAGCAGCACUACUGAAGGAGGGGAGCAGAACGGCCACUUCAUGCUCGGCUGGGCCCUUUGAGCUGAUCUCGAUCUACGGAAGCAAAUAAUUAUUAUGACGUACGUAUGUAUGCGAUAUGGCAAUCGAUCGAUGAGACGUAUCACUACGAUAAUUUGUAGCUGCUGAUGGUAUGUAUGCUCUAGGUGCUGAUGGAAUGUACGCCCUUGCUGCAAGGCAUGCACUGUACGUCUGUACCCUCUACCAAUUAUAUGAUGGCUCCCUGCUAUAGUUUCAGAAAACAGUACUACGACGUAGCCUUCUGCUUGUCCUUGAUUCUUGGAUUAGAAUCAACACUUGAGUUGAAGGCCAUCCAGUUAAAGGGAUUGUACUCUCUGUAUUCAGGAGUGUGCGUUCAUCUGCUCAUCUCAGCCGGCCAACUGUGGAUUGGACCGUCAAAGGGACUAUGAAGGGCAUGGACCAAAUUAAAUAUGAAAUAUGUUUGUUGAGAA